AGGACUGAGCGUUGAGCUUUGAAGUUUUGGUGCCUCGACGGCGUCACGCGUUGUUGUUCUUCACAACAUAGGACCAUCCCUCCGUCGUGCUGAUUUCGCCUGGGCCCCUCCCCUCUUCCAUGGACAGCGCAAACGAGGAGGAGUCGAUCGCGCAGAGGAAGAAGGCGGCUGCGCUGCAACGAAUCGAGGAUCACAUAACGUGGCAGCGUGCCUUCUUCCAAGCGCGGCCGCCCCCACCGCCCAUUGGACAGCUUCAUCGACGACAGCACGGCAAGACAAAGAACCGCGCAUGCCAUGCGGCCUUCCAAUGUGCCCUGGCACUGCAUCAGUGCGCAGAGGCGCAGGAUAAGGAUAUUGUUGAAGGAGGCCGGAAAACGAACGCGGCGACUGACGCGUCGGCAACCACCGCCGCCGUUCCCUCUCCCCUAUCAAAGCAGGAGGCAUGGGCGGCCCAGCUCCACGGUGAAAAGGAGCGGCGCAACCCAUCGGCGGACCUCAACGUGCGGUCGGACCCCACCCGCACGGUGAUCAUGGCAAACCUGCACCCCGACACCGUCGAGGAGGACCUGCGCCACUUUGCCGAUCAGUUCGGCCGUGUCGUCAACGUGCGCAUCGUGCGACACCACAAGACAGGGAAGAGCCGUCGAUACGCGUUUGUGGAGUUCGGGCUUGCCGGAGAGGCCCGCAAGGCGCUGCUGUUCCAUCGCAAGAAACGGCUGAAGGGGCACGCCGUCAUCAUCGACAAGGAGAGGGGACGAACGGAGGCGGGGUUCUUGCCGAAGCGGAUCGCGACGGCGGAGACGUUUUUGGCCUCCCAAGCGACGUUGAACGGCGGGCGGACGAAUGCGACGGCAAAGGACGGUGAUGAAGCAAGAGCGUCGACCGCCAUCGCCCACCCCGGAGGAUCUACCGCAUCCGCCGCUGGCUCUAAAAACGCCGUACUGCCCUUGCCCGACGACGAUGCGGAUUUCUUGAAUUCGAUCCUCAACAGCUGA